UUCUAUAGCCGAAGGUGUUUAAUUGGAAGCAAGAAGCUGCGCGGACUUUUAUUUGACUGUUAUAUUAAAUUUUUAUUUAAUAUAUUUGCGUUUGUAUUCUCGACGGAAGUUUAUUUUACUUCACAUUUUUUUUAAGAGGGAAACCGUGAAGUGUUGUGCCUGCCCUGCAGUUAAAAGGAGUCGCCCAUUCACAAUGAUGACUGAUGCAUUUGAACUUCCCGUAUCAAAAAAAUAUUUAAUGGACAUAUGUUCAGUCAAAUUGAAAUCUGGGUUCGACACCCAUAAUAAAUUUGUCUCCCAGCUAGUGAAGAAGUCUUAUUGGGAAAGCAAUGGAGAGCCGUCUCCUGUCACCUUUGAAGUGAAUGAAGAUACAACUCCAUUCUCGCCAGAGAGAGGACAUCAGUCUUCUAUUAUUUCUGUAGCAUCUUCUAAAAUCCCGCUAAACAGCACACAGAUAAACUACAGUCUACGAGAAAAUUCAGAUAAGGAAUUCUUGGAACUUUCAACCGUCAGUUUAGAUGGCUCACGAAAGCUGGAUUUGCCACCUUUGGUAGAUCUUCAGCAGACUGCAAGCAAGCCAAGAGCUUUGGUCACAGCUAGCAAGAGGAAGCUGGCUGAUAAGGACAAGGACAUUGGCCAGGAGAGUUCUGACUGCCAUGUUGCAAAGAAACGAAUGGCCCAACAUGAUAUGGGGAUGGCUGCUAGUCCAUUGCUGGACCAAGAGCAAAAUGAUCAGAAUUUUAGGAUUUCUUCAGGAUCUGAGAACAAGUUGCCUAAAAGUAGGUUGCCAGUAGCUACAAAGUCUAGAAUAUCAAGUCCUGGUGCAUCUGGAAUUUUGGAGGCCAGCUCUCUUGAUCACACAAUGAAAAGCAGGUCAAGGAUUUCCAAUGUAGAAAAGGGUCAUUUCACAGAUAAAGAGGGGACGGGCCUGCCCAAGCUUGAUUUAUCGGCGGAAAAUUUAGAUCACGACGCUAUGCAGGUGUCCUGUGAAGUGUCGGUGUGCCAGGCCAUUCCUCCAAUGCCACCGCACUCUGUUGGCAAGCAGGUGUCAUCUCCUGAUAAAACGGAGGCAGACCAGGAACGCAGAAGGACUCUUGCUGCUGAUGCCCCUGAGGAAUAUGGCUUGGACAGCAGCGCCGUCACUGUUGCGAUUCGAGUGCGACCACUAAAUUCCAGGGAGCAUGAACUGAACACAAAGUCAGUGAUAUCUGUAACCGGACAAGAGACAAUAGUCUUCAAUCCAGAAUCGCAGCAGAAGUUCUCAUUUGUCUAUGACUUCUCCUUCUGGUCAUGUGACCCUCAAGAUCGCAGUUAUGCCAGCCAACAGGUGGUGUACAGGAAACUGGCACAGCCACUUCUCAAGAGGGUUCUUCAGGGCUACAAUGUCUGUCUCUUUGCUUAUGGGCAAACUGGAUCUGGGAAAUCUUACACAAUGAUGGGCUAUGGUGAUGAAGCUGGAAUCAUCCCACGAUUCUGUGAAGAAAUUUUUCUGAAAUCAAUCUGUGUAGACUGCAACAGUGUGACUUACCACAUUGAGAUGAGCUACUUUGAAGUAUAUAACGAAAGAAUCCACGAUCUACUGACAUCUGACAAAGAACAGAGUAAAGCCAAGGCCUCGCUUCGUGUAAGAGAACAUCCACAUCUGGGACCUUAUGUAGCAGGACUUUCUUCGUACGUGGUUGGCUCCUUUGCAGAUGUUCAGUCCUGGCUACAGCUGGGGAACAAGCAGAGGGCCACCGCAUCUACAGGAAUGAAUGAAAAGAGCUCCCGAUCUCACUCCGUUUUCACUGUAGUGGUGACACAGACAAAGAGAGAGACUUUAGACGGUGAGAUUUAUGAGCACACGAUGAGGAGUCACGUUAAUUUGGUGGAUUUAGCUGGAAGUGAACGCUCCUCUACGGCGCAGACAACAGGGGUGCGGCUCAAGGAAGGGGCCAGUAUCAACAAAUCUCUAAUGACUCUGGGGAAAGUGAUUUGUGCUCUUUCAGAGGCCUCCCAUUCGAAGAAAAAGCCGUUCAUUCCCUAUCGGGAUUCUGUGCUGACCUGGCUUUUAAAAGAAAGUCUUGGAGGAAACUCGAAAACGGCAAUGAUUGCUACAGUGAGCCCAGCUGCGGUCAGCCUGGAAGAAACCCUGAGUACACUGCGUUAUGCCAAACAGGCACGGAAGAUCGUAAAUGUGGCAAAAAUCAACGAAGACCCCAGUUCUAGAAUUAUCCGAGACCUAAAGGCAGAAAUAGAGAAGCUAAGAGCUAUGCAGCAGAAUUUCCAAGGAACCGACGCCUUAAAGUGUGAAGCUGACCUUCAGGAGAUCUUCAUCCUCAAACAAAAACUUCUAGAGCAGGAGCAAGAGAUGAACCGGGUUGAGGCAGAAUGGAAAGAGAAACUUGCAGUGGCAGAACAGAGAAAGAUGGAGGAAGUGAAAGAGCUACAGGUUUGA